GCCGCUGCCGCGCACUACCAAUGUCCGCUCGCUCGUAACAUGUCCCCUCUGGCACAGCUCGCCGACCCGAGCCACGCGCGUGUCUCAGUGAAAAUGGCCACCCGCAACUGAGUGCUAACUGAAGCAGCGAAGAUGCAUCUCCAUUUCGAGAGAAACGUUAACGCUAAGUGCGAUUGCACGAUACUGUCGCUGUCAUGGAUGGGCAAGGUCCCCGACGAACUGCCAGAGGAGGAGGGCUGGAAGCUGAACCGCAACAACUACUACCAGGAGGGCUGGCUGGCGACAGGCAACGUGCGCGGCGUCGUCGGCGUGACGUUCACGUCGUCGCACGCGCGUCGGCCGCACGAGCUGCCCCUGCGCACAAACUAUAACCUGCGUGGGCAUCGCUCUGACGUGAUUCUUGUGAAAUGGAACGAGCCGUACCAGAAGUUGGCCUCGUGCGACAGUUCGGGCGUGAUCUUCGUGUGGAUCAAGUACGAGGGCCGCUGGAGCAUCGAGCUGAUCAAUGACCGCAGCACCCCCGUCACACACUUCUCCUGGUCACAUGAUGGGCGCAUGGCGCUUAUUUGCUAUCAGGAUGGCUUCGUCCUGGUGGGCUCGGUGGCCGGCCAGCGCUACUGGUCGUCGAUGCUAUCGCUUGACGCGCGCAUCACGUGCGGUUGCUGGACGCCGGAUGACAACCAGGUGUACUUGGGCACGGCGUCCGCGCAACUCGUCGUCAUGGAUGUGCACGGCGCUAUGGUGUCGCAGGUCCAGCUAGUAGCCGAAGGGGGUAUAAUAUCAAUGGCGUGGUCGUGCGAGAAGUUUAAAAUGGAGGAAGGGGAGGAGAACGGGGAGAAUAACGGGGGGCACGUGCUGGCCGUCGCCCUGGGCAACGGGGAGAUCGUGCUGCUCCGGGGGCACGAUGACGUCAGCCCGGCCCGGGUGCGCACGGGCAUGCGGGGCCCUACCCUGGCUAUGGAGUGGGCAAACUCCAGGGAACUGCUCGCGGUGGCUGGGACUUUGUUGCCAGAGUCGGACGAGCUGCCCGACGCGCCGCCGUAUAACAACGUGGUGAAGUUCUACUCGGACACGGGCGCGCUCAUUUACACCGUGCCCAUACCUUACACACAGGCGCGGGUGACGGCACUGACGUGGGGCCACGCAGCGCGGCGCCUCUUCGUGGGGGUAGGCGGCGCUGUAUGCACGGCGCGGGUAUGGCGGGUGGUGGCGCCGCUACAGCUGCUGGCGCGCGUGCGGGCGGCGCAGGCGCUGCGGCAUCCACGGCUGGCGGCGCGCUUGCCCAUCCCGCCGCGUUUGCAGCCGGCGCUGCAUAACCUCUUCGCGCACACCAUACGGUGCAACGUACCAGAAUCGAGCGAGCUCCGCCGCUUCGUCUCGCGCCCGCCAUCCGGCGGCGGGCGCCUGCACUGCACCAUGCUGCGGCACGACGACGAGGAAGCGGGCGCCUACACGCUGUACCUGGAGCACCUGGGCGGGCUCGUGCCGCUGCUCAAGGGCCGCCGCACCAGCAAGAUCCGACCAGAGUUUGUUAUCUUCGACCCGCAGGCUGAAGAGUCGGUAGUGAUCGGCGGCGUGGCGCGCGAGAGCAGCAACAGCAGCAGCACCAGCAGCGGCGGCAGCAGCAGCAGCGCCGGUGCCGCGUCCUCGCCGCGCCCGCGCACGCCCCGCACCCCGCGCCGGCCCCCGCCGCCGCCCACGCCUACGCUUACUCAUACUUCAUCUUCUGACACCGAGCGCGAGGAAGGAUGUUCCGGAUCGCCACGUUUGCAAAGAAGGCGGCGAGCAAGAGAGAGACGUAAGAUCCGCAAUACGAGUGACAAGGAUGACACGCCCGAUGAACUCGCAUACAUCGACUCUUUGCCUGAGGACGUAAGAUUAGUGGAGGUGACCUCUAACAUAUGGGGAACAAAGUUCAAAAUGCAUGGACUAGCCAAAAACGUUCCGGCCAACUUAGGACAAGUAACUUAUAAGACGUCACUGCUCCACCUCCAACCGAGGCAGAUGACUCUCAUGAUAACUGAACUUAGGGAUGACUAUCCCGUAGGACCCGACCCAAAUUUCAACCCGAAUAUAUUCUCGGAAGAUGAGGAAGAAGUUUUCCAAUCCAACGAUUCCAAUAACUCCCCUUCACACACCAAUAAUAAUAUCCGUAGAAAGCUCACUCUUAACGAGAGGAUUAACAACUCAAACAACAUCAACCAAAGCGAAUCUUACAACACAAACAAUAACAACACGAACAGCCCUUCUCUAGCUAGAGCUGAAUCGUACGAAGAGUUUCCAUACAUCGACACGAACGAUACGAUGAAUAAUGUAUCGGAAAGCGUCUAUAACGCUACUCCACCGCUAAGGCAUACGGCCCAAGCUUCAGAGAGGAGGGUAAAUAACUCGGCUAGCGUGCCAAAUCGACAUGCCAUUUCACCUCUCAGAUGCGAGAGUUCCGUGCCCACUUUGCAGUCGCCGAAAAACGCGGUGGCACCCACCGACAUAAUAUUCGAAAGGCCGUCCCCUCAGACCGUGACUUGCGGAGGUCGCGGCGACUUCUGCGGCGGCCGAGCCGACUAUAGCGUCCGCGGGGAUAGCGUCCCGUUGAAAACCAAUCUGUCCAAUAUCGACAGACAGGUGACGAUCAAGAAGUGCGACACCCACGUCACCGACAACUGCCUGUCGAAGCUCCGCAAGAAUAUUUGCAGCCGCGGCGAGUCCGCUUAUGAUAUGAACACGAGGAUUCUGAAGAGUUUGUGCAAUAAGAAUUACGAGCACGAGGUUCAUCCCGAUGCGAUGACUCGGCGUGCUGAGACUCUGAGAGGAUUGCAGAAAGGGGAGGACUUGAAGUUUAUUGAUGAGGAGACGCCGGUCGAGACGGUGAUAGCGAAUCUAACGGAGAGGGGCAGGGAGAGUCGCGUGCAGAGGACUACUACCGUGGUGCCCAUUAGUCCGGUGUGCUCCAAUGUACCGCUGUAUGACACUAUGACGCGCAGUUGCAGCGUGGGGUACCUGGAUAUGGUAGACCCGUUGCACGCACAGGUCAGCCUGACGGCAUUACGGGGAGAGCCACCGCGGCGGCUGGUACUAGUGACCAACAAGCGGCCGCGGCGCCCGCGCAGGCCCCGCCCCCCGGAUAACCAGCGGGCCCCUCCGCUAAACAGAUGCGGCAAGUCCCGCAGCCUGGACUCGGGCGAGCUGUCGCUGUCGGCGGAGAAGCGGCCGCCGCCGCCCGACGCCGCCUCGCCGCACUCUAGUCGCUGUGAAAGUACCGGCGGGGAGGAUAACAGCGGCACAAGCGCCGAAGAGAGCACACGCCGCAGUCGUCGCGACUACCCAGUCUGCACUGUAUGCCGCCUUGUCGCUCCCUACGACCGCUCAACCGCGCCGCCAUACAUUUGCGCCGCGUGCGCCGCGCUGAGGCCCGCACCGGCCGCGCCCGCGCCCGCGCCGCCCGCCGAUAGCGAUUCCGACUACAGCAAGUAUUAUAGUUCGCUAGAGCAGCUGGCGCUGCGUCUGCUAGCGUCGCGGUCGGGACGAGCCCGCGAGAGCAGCUCGGCGCCCGCCUCGCCCCGCCCCGCGCGCGCGCGCCCCGCCCCGCCCGCCGCCGCCACGCCCCCGCCCAGGCGGCACCGGUACUCGUCCGCCUCGCCCAUACGGCAACUACUUAACUCGCCGCUGCUGAACCGGAGACGAAACAAGAAGCCGUCGGAGAGUUCCGACGACGAGUACUCGGGCGCCUGCAGCGAGCUGCACAGCAAGAACUACCGCGACCUCGAGAGCUUCCAGAAGGCGCAGCUCAGGAACAAGCUGAAGCGCGCGGGGGUGGCGGCGCCGGCGGGCGGGCGGCGGCAGCUGGUGAUGCACAACAAGGCGCCCAUGUGGAACGAGAACAGCCAGGUGUACCAGCUCGACUUCGGCGGCCGCGUCACGCAGGAGUCCGCCAAGAACUUCCAGAUCGAGUACCACGGGAAACAGGUGAUGCAGUUCGGGCGCAUCGACGGCAACGCGUACACCCUGGACUUCCAGUAUCCGUUCUCGGCGCUGCAGGCCUUCGCCGUCGCGCUCGCCAACGUCACACAGCGCCUCAAGUAAACUGACAGUGGUAAACCAAACUGACACUUAUGGCCAUAUGAUUGAAGUCUAUUUUAGGAAAUUACUUUUUAUGAAGAAACAGAAAUACAGAGACGAUAUGCAAUCGGAGAAAUUGAUUGAUAUGUAGACUAGCUGGAUGAACGACAGGCUUUGUUAUGUAUAAUUAAAUAAUACAUUCUUCCAACAGUUACAUCCAUUAUCCCAUAGAAGGGCGUCUGUCGUUCGACCAGCCAUCUUUAGCCUAGAAGCUAACCCAAUAGGUGUCUCGAGGUAUCAGAGCAUUCAGAAGUGUCUGCGGUCUCACUUCAACCUCAUCCUGUUGGCUCGAUCAGAUGACCCCACGAGGAAUCUUCUCACAAGUCACGUCACCGCAUCCUCGCUAGCGUUUCCUCAGCCGAGAUAAUUCAUCGUUCGAUGAUAAACUUUGGGGAACCAGCUUUAUAAAUGCCGUCGUAGCUCUACUGAUGUAUCGAGUCUUGUUACACGCCCAAUCGGCACCAUAUUUUGCUUCGGUCCCAUUGUACAGGCGACGGAAUGUAAACACUUGGCAUCUUUUAAAAUAAUAAUAGAAGCGGUUUUGCAACAAAAGUAUACAGUCUGAUGUGCCGUCGUAUAAUUUUAACUGCGUCCAUAAGCGCGCAGCAGACCGAACCGAAGCAAGUUAUGGGUGGUUUGAUACUCAAUUUGGUUAGGCUCGAGUCAGCGAAUUGACCCAUCCAUAUAUUUUUUACAUAAGCUUAGAUAGGUAGCGUUCUUAUCAAAUUCAGUAUCGACGCGAACAUAAAGCCUGUGCCAUUAGGACCAGCGCCACACGGAAUCGUGUCUUAGCCUAUACAUGUAUUGUAAUUAAAAUAAAACAAUAUUUUAGGUACAAAUGUUGAAUAUUUUCGCAAUAGAAGUUGUCAGUGCUAUGUAAUGGUGUCAUUUAACGUAGGGUAAGUCUUCUUAACUUAAUCGGUCACAAUGUUAUAUUUUUGGACAAGUCUUCAUGUUCAUUGAACUUUCCUCUCGUUAAAAAUGAUCCAUAAUAAAUUAUCUUCGUCAGAUAGUAAUUGGCCUAUACAUAUGUUUUUAUAUCACAUCUUGCGUGAAGAGGAGUUGGGAACGAAUCAAGAGUGACAACAUUUAGUUUGUUUCAAAUAGUAUACAAGAAAAAAGUUUGGGAACUUUGCUUUACAGCAAGCCCUCACUCCUCUUGUUGGUAUGGCCUUCUGACUUAUAUUUUCAUAGGUAAUGUUAAUUUUGUGACUUCUCGAUUAUUUUAGGGAAAUGGAAAUAUUCUGUUCUUCUGUUAAUAUUUAAAAAAUGUACGAGUAGCUACUGCGGAAUGCAAUGCAUGUUGCAUUGCUUGUUUUAUUGUAAACUAAAGUUUUCAUAUACACAUUGUUGAUAGUUAUGAUUUGUUUUCAAUCUUAUUUUGUUUAAACUCUGUUAUCCUGAAGUUGUUUGGAACGAAAGUUAAAGUUUGACUUUAUUUUAUAUUUAUAACAUGCCUUUUGUAAAUUAAUAUUUAAAGUUACCAUUUAAAAUAAUUAACUAAAAAAUGAAAUGUGCUGAUUGAAGCACUUAUAAAUAGGCCCAAAUAAUAAUUGUUGUGAGUGUUAAUAUUUAUCGAAAUUUUUGACGUAUUAUAAACUUAAUAUUUACCUAAAAUAUUGGAUUUGUGUCAUAAUAUUUUAUAAAUACAGGGUGAUUGGUUGACUUCUAAUUGAAAUGACACCCUGUAAUCCAUCCUUAAAUUGUUUUGUUUUUCAGCUAAUGUCCUAUUAUUAUAAUUUAAAGGCUGAUUUCUAUUAUGCACAGAUUACUUAAAACAUGAUUUACUUAAAAUAUUACAUAUCUGUGGUUAAUUAUAGAUAUUAAUUAUUCACUCAUUGAUUUAAGACUGCACAUUGUAAAUAAUAUACUUUGUAAUAUUACUCAUUAUAUAAAUUCAUUGUAUUGAUGUUUAGUUUAGUCACCCUAGUAACCCUAAGUGCAUUUGAAGUAAGGUCAUUGGUAUAAGGUGCUUAACUAUGAAAUUAUAGUUUUGUGUGAAGAAUCAAUAUUACACAUAAAUAAAUAAAAAAAUCUGAGAACAAGAAUUAAGUUACAGCAACUUUAAAUAUUGAUACUGUACAAUCUUAUCAUUAAAUGACAAGAACUGUUUUUGAUUAUUUAAUUUACAACAAAAUGUGAUCUUUUUAAUCAGCUUUUAACAUAGCCAGUUGAUUAAUAUUAGCUCUUAUGCCAAAAUAUCGAUAAUUUCAUAGGUAUUUAAGCACCUACAAUAUUAUUAAAUUAUGUUUUGUUUGCUCAAGUUGUUUUGUUGAUGUUGACAUGUUUUACUCACUCCUAUUGAUUUUGCUGAUGAAGUAUGGUGUUUGGUGUUUUAUGCAGAAAUAUGUAAGUUUGUUGUUGAGUUGUUGUACACAUCACAAGCAAAAUGUCAACCUGCCAUUUAGUUACUUAAGCAGUUAAUGUUUUUUUAAGCAAUCCAGUUAGCUUUUUCUUAUUUCACUUGUUUGUUGUAUAUACCUAUUAUAGUGACAAAGUGUAAAUAAAAACUAUUCUACAGUA